UGUGAGGCGGUCACUCAGAAAGGUAGAGGUGGUGGGUGCUGUUAAGGCAUAAGCUACUGAGUUCCGUUUUUAUUAAUGUAUUGCAAAUAAUAACUACAAGGCCUGCACAAAUACCUCGAUCUAUGAAAUUUUUACAGAGAAACCAGACAUGGAAAUAAACCUCGACCCCAAUAAACAUGACCUCCCUCUCAGAGCUAACACUAGCCACAUGCUGGUCAGACAUUAUGUGCUGGACUUAGCUGUGAAUUUCAAAAAAAGAGUCAUCUCUGGAAAUAUUGUCCUUUUCUUUGAGACUGCAAAAGAAGCCGAUACAAUAUGCAAACCUGAAAGAGAACAGGACUGUCCGGAAAGCUGCAAGUUGUGCAGACAGGAGACACCCGACUUGACAGAUUUUCCAGUGACAAGUGCAAGUACUCAUUCAACUCAGUUUGACGCUAAUGAUGUUAGUGGCUGGGGAAGUAACAGAAAAGAUAACUCUCACAAAAACUGUAGGCAUGGCAACAUAAUGCUGACUUCUGGGAUUUCAAAAGAAGGCUGCAGAGACACUGAGGAUUGUGGGAGUGAAGAUUUUGUGCUGGUGCUGGACUGUUGUGAUCUUUUAGUCGUAAAGGUUGAAGAAGUUUCUAAUUGCAUAGAGCCACACAUUAAAAAACUAGUUAGCAGGAUCAGUGGACAAGAUGCUGUUACUCAGCAACCAAUGAAAAAGGAGAAGAUUCAUGCUAUUGACGAACUUGUGUCGUUACCUGCAAGUCUUUGGCAAGAGCAGCAUAAAAUGUACUUGGAGUGCAGCCGAGCGCUUGGCUGUGGGGAGCUUCGCUUUGAAACAGAUUCUUGGAGUCUGCAAAUCAGAAAACCAGGGAUAAAGACAGCCAGAGAUUUCCCACACAUAGUGAGAAUCUGGUAUGAGACCAAACCCAGUGGUGGUUCAGUCAGGUGGACACAGGAUCAAAGCGGCAGACAAUGUGUCUAUACUGCUGGAUCACCAAUAAACAACCGAGCGCUUUUUCCUUGCCAGGAACCCCCUGUUGCCAUGUCAACUUGGCAGGCUACUGUUCAGGCACCAUCAGAAUGUGUGGUAUUACUCAGUGGGGAAAAUACUGCGGCACCUAGUGAUACCCCACAAGGUCUGUCAAAUUGGUUUUACUAUGUUACGAUGCCAAUGCCAGCAUCAACUUUCACCAUAGCAGUUGGACAUUGGAUAGAAGUUAAUCUGAAACAUACUUUAAUAUGUGACACAAAUGAUUCUACAGAAACUGCUGCAACACAGACUCACAGCUCAUGUCCAGUGAAAUGUGGCCACCUGGAUUACCCCUGCCCAUUUCAGGAAUCUGCUGCACAUUUAAAGGCUGUAAUUCCAUACCGAGUGUUUGCUCCAGUAUCUCUUCAAGAAAAACUUCAAGAGGUUUUACUUCCUUUACUUCCAAAAUGUCUUAAAGCUGCACACAAUGUCUUGGGGGUUCAUCCAUUUAGAAGAAUUGAUAUACUGCUUGUACCUGCUGGCUUUUCUAGCUUGGGAAUGGCAAGCCCUCACAUCAUCUUUUUGUCACAAAGUAUACUUCCUGGAAAGAGUUACCUUUGUGGUGCACGACUUUGCCAUGAGAUUGCCCAUGCCUGGUUUGGUCUAGCCAUUGGUGCUCGGGACUGGACAGAGGAGUGGGUUAGUGAAGGCUUUGCCACAUUCCUAGAAGAUGUUAUUUGGGCAUGUGCUCAAAAGCUUCCACAGGAGGAAGCUCUGAAGCAGCAGGAACUCAAGGCAUUUCUUCGUUUCAGACGUCUCAGGGAUGAAUUACAGAUUUCAGAAGAACAGCUUCAGAUUCUCAGACCUAAGGGAGAGCACACAGGAGAAGUAAGUGAAUCAGGAUCAUCUCAAGUAAAACAUGGCCUUAAUCCAGACAAAAUCUUCAUGCAGGUGCACUACCUAAAGGGUUUCUUUCUUCUACGUUUUUUAGCCAGCAAAAUUAAAGAAGAAUUAUAUCUCCAGUUUUUUCGAUAUUUUGUGGAAAAAUUUCAUGGUCAGCUUAUUCUGUCUCAGGAUUUUCUGAAAAUGCUUCUCCGACAUUUUCCAGAAAUUGAAAGACAAGGUCUUUCACUCAAAUCUAUUAAUGAAGUAUGGCUUGACAGUACAGGAAUUCCUAAGCCUUUGUUAGAAGAAUGCAAUAUUUGGCUGAAAAAUCAGUUGGUUCAAGAAGUGAAACAAGAGCUUCCAAAAUGGAUUCAUUUCAAUCAAAGGAAAAGAAGAGGAACCAAACGGAAAAAGACAACAGAGGGAGAGGGAGAGAUCUUCAGGGAGCUCCUACCAGACCAGUUGGUCUUGCUUCUGGAGUUCCUGUUGGAGGAGGAGGUUCUUAGUGUUAGCACACUGCAGAUGUUACAGAAGAUUUACAGUAUCCAGGAGCAGGAUGCAGAGGUGCGACAUCGCUGGUGUGAGCUGGUCGUGAAGCACAAGUACACGAAAGCGUAUAAAGAUGUUGAACAAUUUUUAACACAAGAUCAGGCCAUGGGUGUCUACUUGUAUGGGGAACUGAUGGUCAAUGAGGAUGCCAGACAGCAAAUGAUUGCCAGAAACUGCUUUAGAGCUGUUCAAGAAGAAAUGGAUCCUGCUUCAAGAAGUGUUGUUGAAGAGAUGAUAUUUUGAAAAGACUGAGAUUUCUGUUUUGCUAUCCCUGCAUCAAAAGAUCUGAAGAAAACCAGCAGUGACCUUGGAACUGCAGCUAUACAGCUAACACAUGGAGGAGCCCAGCCAGGCGAAAAUGUCAUUCUGAUGGAAGCCACAUCUCUGUUUUCUAAUCCACGCCAAACAUGGCAGCAGAAGACACUUCAAAGAGAUUACGUGUAGCUGUAGGUUUGACUAUUUUUAGCAGGUUGGUAAAAUUUUUGCCACACAACCUUACCACAGCUUUCUUUUUUAAGGAAAGAAGAACUUGCAGCCAUUUGACAUUCUUUUCAGUUAAUUAUAAUUUUGUGUUCAAUGCUUUUAAUAUUUCAAAUGAGCCAAGUACUGUACAUCUGAAUUUUUAGCUUGCUAAGAAUAAAAAUGAAAGUGCUUUUAA